GCCUGGCGCCGGAAGAAAGCUUCAGGCAGAAAGCGGGAAGUUUUGCAAAGGAAUUGGAGUUCAUAGAAAGACAUGGAGGAGAAGCUCAAGAGGGUUGCACCGUGGUUGAAAAAGUCAUUUGGAGACCAGCCGAUCCCCUCCUUCGAAGCAGACACACGGACAAUAGACAUUCUGUAUGAGUUGGCUGAAUGCAACGAGUCCCGAGAUGGAGAUGUCAGCUUAUUAAUUGAAGACACAAACCAGAAAGCGGCUGAAUAUGAAUCUGAUGGUAGCUAUCUACAGGACCUUCUGACUGAGAGCCUAAACCUUUCUUUCAGCAGCUUGUCAAAAAUGAGCACCAGCUACCUGAACAACUUGGUGGAUGUAGCUCUGGCCCUUGAAACGAAGGACACAUCCCUCGCAAGCUUCAUUCCUGCCAUCAAUGACCUGACUUCAGAUUUGCAUGCAGCAGAAUCAAAAAACAAAGACAUGGAGUUUGAGCUGAGCAACCUGAGGAAAAAGCUCACAUCCGCCCUAGUGCUGGAGAAACGUCUUCAGGAUGACAUCAUCAAAACAGAAGAACUUUUGAUGGUAGAAAAAGCGAAGGCUGAGAGCCGGACCCAAAACAUGAAGUUCCUGAAAGACAAAUCGGAGGAUAUGAAAUCCAGAAUUGAAGCAUCAGAGAAGCAACUGUCUGCAAGUGGGCUGGAGGCUUCCCUGACACAUGCAUCUCUAGUGAAGCUUUCGGAGAAACUGGCAGAAAUAAAGAAGGAAACUGCACCUUUGGAAAAGAAACUGGAGUCCUACUUGGACCUGCCCCCUAGCUGUAGUCUUGCUAAAGUGAAAAUUGAAGAAGCAAAGAGGGAGCUGGCAGCACUUGAGGAAGAGUUUUCAGCUAAAGUGGAUAUGGCCGUACUUUCAGUCCCUUUGCCUACCAAACGACCAUUCAUUUAAUUGUCCUGGUACCGAUCAUUUUAAAAAAAGAAACUAAUAUGAAUUUUGUGGACGGUGGUGCCUUGACUUCAGAUGCCGCUAUUUCAUCUUAUUCAGCACUUUAUCUCGUUUUUGACAAAAGCAGUUUUUUAAGACAAGUGCAGCUUUCUAUUUUGUGUGUAACUCUCUUCCUUUUUUCCUACAAGAAUGUUUCCUUGAUUGGUCUUUCUCAACACACGUAUACAAUAAACUUUUGUAGUAAUCUGA